UGCUCUUGGAUAGAAAUCUAAGCAAUCUCGACUGGAUUACUUAUAUAAACUGGAUUUGAUGGAUUUCUUGUCAGAAGAUGUUCCCCUACAUUUAAUAGAAAUGCAUUAAUGGUCAAUGUUAUACAAGGACAAGGAUGGGUUGCACUGGCAGCAGUCAGCUGAAGGAGAAAGACAAUCAUCAGGAUGGAGCAAACGGGUUGCCAGACAAUACAUACCCCCUCCGUGGUCCUCUAGCUCUUCCAGUUGAUCCAAGAAUGCAUCCUCCAGAACAUGGUGAGAAAAUUGUUAUUGCUCUGCACAAUUAUGAGCCAGUUAACGAACAUGACCUGCAGUUCAAGAAAGGAGAUAAACUUAAAAUUUUACAAGAUAAUGGGAACUGGUGGCUGGCAAAGUCCUUAGUAUCUGGAAAGGAGGGAUAUAUUCCAAGUACUUAUACGGCACAACUGGAUACCCUGGAGGGGGAAAGAUGGUUCUUCAAGAAUUUAAGCCGGAAGGAAACGGAACGGCUGCUCCUUGCCCCAGGGAACAAACCAGGAGCCUUUCUGAUUAGAAAGAGUGAAACAACCAAAGGAGCCUUCUCCCUGUCAGUGAGGGAUUCCACCGCAUCAAACAGAGACGUGGUCAAACACUACCAGAUCUGUUCUCUAGACAAAGGUGGCUAUUACAUCUCCCAUAAGAUUGACUUCCCUUCUCUAAAACAGCUGGUGCAGCAUUACACAAAAACAGCAGACGGUCUGUGCCUGCGACUGACGGUGCCCUGCAAAGCUCCGACUCCCCAGACACCAUGGGGGCAGGAUGAGUGGGAGAUCCCCAGAGAGACCCUUAAGCUGGAGAAUAAACUCGGCGCGGGGCAGUUUGGGGAGGUGUGGAUGGGAUAUUAUAAGAACAGCAAAAAAGUUGCCAUCAAGACUUUGAAGGAAGGCAGUAUGCCCACUGAAGCUUUCCUGGAAGAGGCCAACCUAAUGAAGCAACUACAGCAUGACAAGCUGGUGCAGCUCUAUGCUGUCGUUACCAAGGAUCCAAUACUAAUUGUUACGGAGUUCAUGGUCAAUGGCAGUUUACUAGACUUUCUGCAAACUGACGAAGGACGCAGACUGCAGCUUCCAAAAUUGAUUGACAUGUCCGCACAGAUUGCAGAGGGAAUGGCAUACAUUGAGAUUAAAAAUUACAUUCACAGAGACCUGCGUGCUGCCAACAUCCUGGUUUCAGAAACACUGACAUGCAAAAUCGCAGACUUCGGCCUUGCGAGGAUCAUUGAGACUGAAUACAUAGCGCAGGAGGGUGCCAAAUUCCCCAUCAAGUGGACAGCACCAGAGGCGAUCAAUUUUGGAACUUUCAGCAUCAAAUCAGACGUCUGGUCUUUUGGGGUUCUACUCACAGAAAUUAUUACAUACGGAAGGGUACCUUAUCCAGGCAUGACCAACCCUGAGGUCAUCCGAAACUUGGACAAGAACUAUAGGAUGCCUUGCCCUGAUGGCUGCCCCAUUGAGCUCUAUGACAUCAUAUUGAAGUGCUGGCGAGAGAGACCAGAAGACAGACCCACCUUUGAAUACUUACAGGUCACCUUGGAGGACUUCUAUAUAUCAACAGAAGGACAAUAUGAGAUGCAGCCAUAGUAUCAACAGUCGGCUAGUUUCUGACAGAAAAGCUUCUGAUAUCACAAGAUGCAUGAAGUCAAAAUGUUUGUAUGCAGUGCCUUUUUUCCUACCUUGAUAUAGGUCUGAAGUCAAUGACUUGAAAAGUUUUUUUUUUUUCAACCAGUGACUGAUUGUUACACGUCUUGUAACCAUCGUGGCUAUAGCCUCUAUUCCAAAUGGAUAUUAACUUUACAUUUUUUUUUUUUUUUUAACAAUUAUUUUUCAUUAAUUCCUGAUUUACUCCCAAUAUUGGAAUGUCCAAUUAUUAUUCAACCUGUCUCACCACUGCAACCCCCAAACUAAUUCAGGAGAGACGAAGACGAGCACACGUGUCCUCUGAAAUGUGUGCCGUCAGCCAUCCGCUUUUUUUCGCUCUGCAAACCUGCCGUGCAGCCAUCUCAGAACUUAUAGCGUUGGAGGACCAUGCAGUUCUGAAUUGCAUACAGGCAGGCCUGCAGGUACCCGGCCAGUCACAAGGGUCGCUGGUGUGCGGUGAGCCAAGGACUCCCCAGCCGGCCUAACCCCUCCCGGGCAGCGCUUGGCCAACUGUGCGCCACCCACUGGGAACUCCUGUCCACGGUCGGCAGUGGCAUAGCUUGGAUUCGAACCGGCGAUCUCCAAGCUAUAGGGCGCAUCCUGCACUCUGGGCGGAGUGCCUUUACCGGAUGCACCACUCGGGAGCCCACACUUUACAUUUUUUUAUGUUUUAGUUCUUUAUGAGGUAUUUCCUUAUCUGUCUUUACAGUACACAUACUGUUAAGUCACUGACAUGCUGAAGCCAGUUAGUGCAAGGGAUAAAGAACAAGGACAUGGAACAAAUCUAAGAACAUUUUACCAUGGUCUACACUUGUAACAUUGUGUAUUACUGUAUUUUCAAGUAAUGUAAAAAUACAUUAUUUGAUAUUCAAUGCAGUUUAUCGGUCAAAUCAUAGGACCAAGAGCCCACUUUCCUCAACCAAAUUGACUCUCUUUGUAGACCCGGGCUUUAUUUCUCCUUGCUGGAAUGUUGUUUUUUUUUU